UUAUGGAGAUGCUUUUUGGUGGGCGCUAUGUACUACUUCUAAUGGCACUUUUUUCAAUUUACUGUGUGCUCAUUUACAAUGAAUUCUUUUCUGUUCCUUUUCAUAUAUUUGGUGGGUCUGCUUAUAAAUGCCAAGACACCACUUGCAGUGAUGCACACACAGUUGGGUUAAUUAAAUACCGAGAGCCAUACCGUUGGCGUGGAAGUCGUUCAGAACUGCCAUUUUUGAACUCCCUCAAGAUGAAGAUGUCUAUAUUGCUGGGUGUGGCCCAGAUGAACCUAGGAAUAAUAUUAAGUUAUUUCAAUGCACAUUUUUUUGACAGCUCUCUAGAUAUAAGGUAUCAGUUUGUGCCACAGAUAAUCUUCUUGAACUGCCUUUUUGGGUACCUUUCACUCCUCAUUGUCAUCAAGUGGUGCUCUGGUUCUCAGGCAGACCUUUAUCAUGUGAUGAUAUACGUGUUUUUGAGUCCCACUGAUGAUCUUGGUGAGAAUCAGUUGUUUUGGGGCGAGAGACCACUGCAGGUCUGUUGUUUACUUUUGGCAUUAAUUGCAGUUCCUUGGAUGCUGCUCCCUAAACCUUUUAUUUUGAAGAAGCGUCAUAUGGAGAGAUUUCAAGGUCGCACCUAUUGGAUUCUUGGCACCUCUGAGAUAGAUCUUGAUAUGGAACCUGGUUCUGCACGACCACAUCACGAUGAUUUUAAUUUCAGUGAGGUGUUUGUGCAUCAAAUGAUCCACUCCAUAGAGUUUAUUCUUGGUGCAGUCUCAAAUACGGCUUCACACCUUCGACUUUGGGCUUUGAGCUUGGCACACGCUGAGUUGUCUACUGUUUUCUAUGAGAAAGUCGUCCUCCUUGCUUGGGGGUGUGAAAAUAUCGUCAUCCGGUUGGUGGGGCUUGCAGUUUUUGCCUUUGCCACUGCCUUCGUACUACUCAUGAUGGAGACCCUCAGUGCAUUCCUACACGCAUUGCGUCUUCAUUGGGUGGAAUUCCAAAAUAAGUUCUACCAUGGUGAUGACUACAAGUUCAGACCUUUCUCAUUUUCGUCCAUAACUAAGGAUGAUGAUUAGUCAACUCACACACCUUUCUGCUUUCCAAUGAGAAGAUAGUAUGAAGCGAGGCAGGCCUUUUUUGUCGACAACAGAAACCUUUUAAAAUGAAACUAAUAGAACUUCAUUCCAGCCAACAGAGGAUUAGCACCAUUUUGCUCUAACAUUAAGCUGCUCGGGGUUACUCAGAACUGCGAAAUGCCGACUUGUAUUCUGAGUUUGUCAGUAUAUGCAAGGGCUUGCUUACAGCCAUGGCAAGACCGCAUAUGUUAAGGGGACUUCUCCAUUUUUCAUUUUCUUCUUGGAGGGUUGGGGAAUGGGCGUGCUGGUGGAAAUCAUUUGUAAAGAGGGGGUGCUGGAAAAAUCAUAAUACACCUAUGUAACUUUUUCCAGGAUAAUAGUGCUUUCGGAGGGAGAUUUAUAAAUCGUAAAAACACACAAACAGGUUUAGCGUGGAUUUUGUAGGCAAUACACCCCUGUUAAAAUUUAUCAAAUCUUUUAUGUAAUGAUGAAUCACAAUUAUAUGCUUCCGUGUAAGCCAUUGUUUUAUAGAAUUUCAAAGAGAAUGAC